GUUAUUGUUAUUAUUGGGCGUGGCCGCACGUGACUUAGGGAAGGAAGGAAAAGGAAGAGAUACAGCUGGGCUAUUUUGGAACAUUUAAAUAAUUAUUUCCAUCUCAAUAUUUUUUCUUCUAAUAAAAAUAUAAUAUUUGCUUAUUUCUUGUACAUUCCCACCUGUUUUUGGUUUGCACUGAGAAUAACAGUUGCUAACUAACCUAUCUUAACCUAUAUUUUAAUUACAUCAGAUUUGUAUCUGACGUUUCAGGAAACAUUACAUAAUUUGAAUCUAUCAGGUUUUUCUUAUAAGUUUUAUUGUAGAAAGGGACCAAUUAGACCUGCAGUAUUCUUGAAAGUUAAUGAGAAGGGACUGGACAACUCUCUAAGCUGAAAAAGAAGUCAACUGUUAUAAUUAAUAAUAUCCAACAUGGUGGUAACUGUUUGGAAAGUACCAAAACUAUUUAAUGGACAUAUAAACGAUGUCAUUGGACGCUUUGCCGUCUUGAUUCUCAAUCGCCCCAUCAAUAUUCCUGCCAAAUAUGUUGUUGAACUUUGGAACAAAGCUUGUUUACGAGCAACAGCCGAUGGGGGAACAGACAGGUGGUACAAGUUCGUCUCACUGUUAAAGUGCCAAUCUGAACUUAAGCAGAUGCAUCCAGAUUUCGUUUCUGGAGACUUUGACUCAAUUAAACCAGAUACUCUUGCAAAGUGCAAAGAGAAUGGUGUCACUGUAAUACCUACUCCAGAUCAGGACAAAACUGACUUCACUAAAGCCUUGGAGGAGAUAGUGAAAGUCACUAGGAAUGAACUUGACAGUGUUAUCGUAAUAGUAGAAGAUUCAGGACGACUCGACCACAUCAUGUCUAAUCUAAAUACUUUGUAUACCACAUCAGAAAUAUUUGGCAACAGUUGUGUCAGACUGUACCUGUUCAGUACGGAGACUUUGACGUGGCUACUGCCUGCUGGGUCACACGAGAUACAAGUGCCACUGUCAUUCGUACAGUGUGAGGCCAAGUGUGGGCUCAUACCACUCGGGAGCUCGUGUGUUGUAUCUUCCACCGGGCUUAAGUGGAAUCUUGAAAAAGACAAGAUGGAGUUUGGAGGCUUGAUAAGUUCCUGCAAUACGUACAGCAAGACCUGCAAUGGCAUUGUUACCAUUGAGACUGACAACCCGCUCCUAUGGACCAUGAGCUUGGUAAUGGCAAACAACUGAUGGGAUAACAUACAUUCUGGAACAAUACAAUCACAUGAGAACAACGUCGCAUUAGCCAGACAAAAAUGUAAGUUCGUCAUGGUUUAUCUAGUAGUUGUCAGAUAAGAAGCUGGAGUUACAGUAGCACAAUAUUCACAAUGUCGACAAUAUUUGGUGAAGAUCAUUAAAACGUCCAGUAAAGGGUACUGAGGAGAAAGAUGAUUGGCACUUUCUACAAUCAGAUUAUCAAAGAGGAUAGGCUACAUGCCAUUAAUGCUAAAAAGUAAAAGCAAAACAUGUUAUUUUAUUUUCAGUAUUUCAAUUAGAUAUUUAUUAUAAUUUGAAAUAGUGAAUCAAGGAUGUUAACUAUUUUUUUUACUUCAACAUAGCCUAAGUGGCUAUCUAAUUUAUAUCUACAGUAUUUGUGAGGAAUUUUUAGUUUGCUUACUCUUUAUUUUAGAAUUAUUAUUAUUAUUUCUUUAAUAAAAUAUUAUAACUAAA